CGUGAUGAAAUCUUUCAACCGGAAGAGCCUGUCACCGGCACAUACGUUUCUCAGCUCCACCGAAGCAGCAGACAUCAUGGGAGAUCAGCGGAGUCCUGAUGAGAAGUUCCAGCUAAUCACCAGGAACCUUCAGGAGGUUCUUGGUGAGGAGAGGUUGAAGGAGAUCCUGAAGGAGAGGGAGCUGAAGGUCUACUGGGGAACAGCAACCACAGGCAAACCCCAUGUGGCCUACUUUGUCCCCAUGUCAAAGAUCGCUGACUUCCUGAAAGCAGGCUGCGAGGUGACCAUCCUCUUUGCUGAUCUCCAUGCCUAUCUGGACAACAUGAAGGCUCCCUGGGAGCUGCUGGAGCUCAGGGUGCAGUAUUAUGAGCAGAUCAUUAAGGCCAUGUUGGAGAGCAUUGGAGUUCCCCUUGACAAACUCAGAUUUGUCAAAGGCACAGACUAUCAGCUCAGCAGAGAGUACACUCUGGAUGUUUACCGACUGUCAUCCAUGGUAACUGAACAUGAUGCCAAGAAAGCAGGUGCUGAGGUGGUCAAACAGGUUGAGCAUCCUCUUCUGAGUGGCCUGCUGUAUCCUGGACUACAGGCACUGGAUGAGGAGUACUUAAAAGUAGAUGCUCAGUUCGGGGGUGUGGACCAAAGAAAGAUCUUCACAUUAGCAGAGAAGGUACUUUUUUUUGUUGUGGUUACUAAACUUAUCCACAUGAUGAACCCAAUGGUGCCUGGACUGACGGGGGGCAAGAUGAGCUCCUCUGAGGAGGAAUCCAAGAUUGACCUGCUGGAUAAGAACCAAGAGGUGAAGAAGAAGUUAAAGAAAGCCUUCUGUGAGCCUGGAAAUGUGGAGAAUAAUGGAGUUCUGUCCUUUGUUAAACAUGUGCUUUUCCCUUUGCACUCAGAGUUUAUUAUUAAAAGAGAUCCAAGGUGGGGAGGUGACAAAGUCUACACAGACUAUGAGGAAGUGGAGAGGGACUUUGCUGCAGAGCAAAUCCAUCCUGGUGACCUGAAGGCUUCAGUAGAGUUGGCUCUUAACAAACUGUUGGACCCCAUUAGGAAGAAGUUUGAGAUGCCAGCGUUGAAGAAACUGACAGCAUCAGCUUACCCAGAGCCCUCUAAAAACAAAGGAGGAGCGAAGGGCAAUCCUAAACAAACCGCAGAUGAGGAGGAGGUCAUCCCAUCCAGAUUGGACAUCAGAGUGGGCAAAGUCAUCAGUGUAGAAAAGCAUCCAGAUGCAGACUCACUAUAUUUAGAGAAGAUUGAUGUGGGCGAGGAACAGCCGCGGACUGUAGUGAGUGGACUGGUGGCCUACCUCUCCCAGGAGCAGCUUCAGGACCGUCUUGUGGUGUUGCUAUGCAACCUAAAGCCCCAGAAGAUGAGGGGGAUUGAAUCCCAAGCCAUGCUGCUCUGUGCUUCAAUUGAGGAAGAGCCCAGGAAAGUGGAGCCUUUGGAUCCACCAGAAGGAUCAGCACCAGGAGACCGUGUUUAUGUAGAAGGGUAUGAAUCAGGCAAACCAGAUGAUGAAUUGAAACCAAAGAAAAAAGUGUUUGAGAAGUUGCAGGUGGAUCUGAAGAUCUCAGACGAGUGUUUUGCACAAUGGAAAGAGCAAAAUCUGAUGACCAAACUUGGACAGAUCACCUGUAAAACACUGAAGGGUGGAAAUAUUUGCUAGUUGUCUUCACAAUUCCUCUCAAAAUCUUCAAAGCUAGAGUUUCCAUGACAGCCCAGUAUCCCUGUGACAUGUACACAGUGUCAGGUAUUGCUCAUCAUUGCCAUCCAAAACUGUUAACUGACUCUAAUGGAGAAGCAAAUGGCUUAUAAUGACAUUAUUUAAAUGCAACUGUUCCAUUCAGCCAUAUCAACCUGUGAAUAAUCUAAUAGCAUAUGAUUACUGCAGCAGAAUACAUAUGGGUAUCGUCUGUGCUUUACAUUGCAUGUAUUGCCGUCCAGGAUGUUUUACACAAAGUACUGCAGUAAAUAAUGCAAUGCUCAUUUGUUUGAAUGACAAAUGAAGACUUUUGCAAGAGUUCAUCUGUUAUCCUCAAACUCAGGUCCUCCUGUAGUGCCAUGUCUGGAAAUAGGUCAUUGCUUACAAUGAUCAGUCUCCAGUUUGACAAUGUUCUAACUAUUUAACCAUUAGUGGAAACGGUUCAGAUAUAUAUACACAAUAAACUGUUAUGUAUACAUAUUUUAUGAUUAGUUAGCUUACUUCACAGGAAAACAUAUGAAAUUUCAUGUAAUAUAACAUCCAGAACUCAUCUGAUGUUAACCAAAUUCAUUGAAAUAAACAACGAUUCAUAACCAUUUCCUAUAUGUCUUAAUGGAAAUAAUGAUGGAAAUGUCUCUGAAAGUACCUUUACAGCUUGAUCUGCUGAAAAGAAAUAUUGAAAUAUAUGAAACUGACAAUACAAGUUUGGGAGCCUAUUUUCAUACCUCACCAUAUAAGCAAUUAAAUUUAAUGCUUGAUUGAAGAUUGUGGAAAUUAUAAUUCACUUAUGAAAAAAAAGUGGUGUAGUAGCUUACCAGAUAACAAGAAGAGGAUUUCCAUCCAUCAAAAACAAAAUAUAUUGUGGUUUGGGGGGCUUAUAUAUGAUGUUAUGUUUGUAUGGCUGUCAGUGAUGUUGAAAAGCACCAGGAAUUUAAAAACAG